CACCGGCACUGAGGACAGCGCGGACGCUGACCUGGACAUCGACGUGGUGAGCACCGAGCUGGGCAACGGAGGCACCAGCACCUCGACCAUCAGCACCAACUCCUCCAGCAACAACAUCCCCUCCAUGGCCAUGCAGCACCGGGGGAGCACCAGCAGUUUCACGCUCCCGGGAUCUACUGACGAAGACCUGCAGGACGCGGGUGACCUGAGACUAGAGGAGGUCAUAUCUUAGGUCGCGGAGGUCGGAGGGCAAUGGAUGUCGGGUGUUGUUUUUUUUUUUUUUCGUGAUGUUAAGAUGUGUGGGUUUAUAAAGGUCUGUGGAAAUUUGCGGGAGAGGAAUGGGAUAAUGUGUAUUGAUCGGACUUGAUGUGUGUGUAUGUAUAUGGAUAAUACAGGUGAGAAAAUGGAAUGUCGAAUGAUCUCUUACACCGGAAAAAAUGUUAUGCACAUCAGAAUGGAUACCUUAAGAUGUGAUGCAAUGAUGUGAUUCGCACUGACGAUUUUUGCAAGUCCCGCGUGUUAUUGUGGUAAGUUACCUGUGCAUUCGUUAAGCAUCUUAUCUCGAAAGGUCAUGGGUUAUUCCCAAGGACACUGAGAUGUACAGAGGAAAGUACUAGGUGGCUGGACUUGCUGUGGAGAAACAGAAAGUUGGUCUGUGUGAAAUGUUAAUGAUAUUCAUGAUUGAGGCUACAGUACAAACGUAAUUUGAAAGAUGUUUUACCCUGGGGUGCAUGCUACAGGGGGUGCCGGUCGCAAAACACUUUUGAAUAAAGAGCACUGGAUUUUAUAACACUGAGUUACAUCACAAGCCUUCUAAAAAAUCUUGAAAACUUUAUCGUUAAGGAAACAUGGUAGGUGUGUUAACUAUUUUCUAGAUCAUAUUCCUGAUGUAAAUAGUAUAUAUGAAUAAUUAUCAUAAUUAUCAUUGUCUUCAUAUGAAAAAAAAAACAACAGCAAUGAAUGGUUGUAGUGAUCUCAAGUAUAAGUGAUAUGAAAUUUGUAACAUGUACCUUAGUGACGUCUUGACCAUACCAACAAAAAAGUAGAUAACUUUAAAAAAAGUUCUCUAAAUAA